UCGUCCCGGCUCCUGCCGCCGCUGCCGCGCCGUGCCCGGGGACUGCCGGGCUUCGCACCGCCGCCUCUCACCGCGGGCCCGCGCCCGGGCAGCUGAUCGCCGUCGCGCCGCUCCUCCGUCCGUGUUUAGGCCAGCCAUGUCCAAGCCGCCACCUAAACCGGCCAAGCCAGGGCAGGUUAAAGUAUUCAGGGCCCUGUAUACAUUUGAGCCCCGAACGCCAGAUGAACUGUACUUUGAAGAAGGAGAUAUCAUUUACAUCUCAGACAUGAGUGAUACAAAUUGGUGGAAAGGAACUUGCAAAGGGAGAACUGGACUAAUUCCAAGCAACUAUGUGGCAGAGCAAGCGGAGUCUAUUGAUAAUCCACUUCACGAAGCUGCCAAACGAGGCAACCUGAGCUGGUUGAGAGAGUGUUUGGAUAACCGAGUCGGUGUAAAUGGGUUAGACAAAGCUGGAAACACUGCUCUGUAUUGGGCAUGCCAUGGAGGCCAUAAAGAUGUUGUAGAUGUCCUUCUUGCCCAGGCAAACCUAGAGUUAAACCAACAGAACAAAUUGGGAGACACAGCUUUGCAUGCUGCUGCAUGGAAAGGUUAUGCAGAUAUUGUAGAGAUGCUGCUGGAAAAGGGGGCAAGAACAGAUCUGAAAAACAAUGAGAAGAAACUGGCUUUAGAUAUGGCAACGAACGCAGCUUGUGCUUCCUUGCUUAAGAAGAAACAGAGUGCAGGUACAGUCCGAACAUUGAGUAAUGCAGAGGAAUACCUUGAUGAUGAAGACUCCGAUUAGCUUUUUUAAUUCUGUAUGGAAAACUAUAACUUGCAUUGUCUAUGUCAUUUCCAAAACAUAUCUUCACAACUGUAAAAAUAUCUCACUUAGAGUAUCGCAAUAUAGCAUAUUAAUGAGAGGGUGAAAUCAUGCUUUGCAAAGGAGUAAUCUUCAUGUAGCCAGAAGAUGUCACAUUUUAAGUUGGAGUUCCUUUUUGGAAUUAUCACAGAGAAAGUGUGGCACACCUUUAUCACUGAAUACAGCAGAGGACCAUCUUCUAAACUCACAGGUUUCAUCUCAGGCCUUCCCAGCAAGUGCCUUGUCUCUCUGGAAUACUGAAAGGUCCAGUAGGACAGCAGGACACCACUGCUAGCAUUUCCCCAAAUGCCCCUGGGUAUAUGUUCCUUCAUGCAGCUAAUACUGACAGUCAGUACUGGCUGGCAGGCAUAAAUGGAGAUGCUACCAUAGAGAGGGGCAAUUGUUUGUUCUCAUGAGAGACAGCAUUGCAAGGUUUAAUUUUUAAUUUUGGUAAAAUUUUUUCCCUUCCUUCCUCCAUCCCUCUUAAGUGAGGUGCAAAAUGACCUGAGACAAUCUGCCUCAGGAAUGCUUUGUCUUCUCUAUUGCUGUGGGCCCAGUCCCUGAAAUGUAACACAGGGGAAAGGCUUUCUUAAGUCAGGUUUGCUUUAGCAAUUCACUUGGACUUUGUGGCUUGGUUAUUUUGCUUUUUGAACUGUAUUAUGCUGAAACUAUUUGUAGUGAAAGGAAGACAGAAUAUUUUUCUAUUUAUCCUGCCUAAAAUUUUUUAAUACUGAUCUUUGCUUUUAUUUUUUGCAAGUGCUCUUAUGUCUUGUCCUAAAUUACCUCAAAGUUUAAGUGUGUUUGAAGUAAUGAGGGAAGAUGUGCAUCAAAUAUACCGCAGGGAUCUUUAGAAGAGACACCUGAAGCUGAAUAAACAUUUUUAAAAUGUAUUGCUGCUUCCUGUGAAUUAAAGGAAAAUGGAAAAUAAAUUCAGCUACUUUCAAGCUUCCCUGCAGAGUUAAAAAAUAACUUACUUCAGAUUGCUCAAGUAGCUGUAGCCGAAUAUUGCACAUUACUGAGAGAUACUUUCUUAUUGUGAUGGUAAGUAAAUGUUACAAGUAUUUGAGAUACAAUCUCAUUUUCAAAUUUUUGUUGCUAAGUUCUCUAAUAGAGACUUCUGACAAAUUCAUUCUAACACAGCAGUCUGUGAUACUAAAACAAAACCAAAAAAUAGAGAAAAUUAGGGACAAAAAAAAAAAAAAAGCUCUUGUGAAAGACUGGGGAUAAAUGAAAAGCUCUUGUGGAAGUCUGGGGAUAAAUGAAAAUCACACUAAGUAGUUAAGAGAUUUUAAAAAGCACUCCUAAUUUCCCAUUUUUAAAAAUACAUUGAGCCAGAUUUUUAUUUUUAUCAUCAUGCAAAGAAAUAGAUGCCAGUAAAGCUUGUUAAGCUCUUAUCAAAGAGGGCAGUGUUUGAUUGACCAGAACUGUUUAAGAUGGGGACAUUGCACAAGCAGUCAUCUGCAGGUGUAAUUCUAGACUGUUUAAAUGUUAAAACCAUAGAACAAAGGUUUUAGCCCUAUGCAAUACUAUGGUUAAAUGAACAGUGAUGUUUUAUUUUAUGUGGACUUGAAGAUCCUAGAGGGAAAGAAAUAAAAACCAAAGCCACCAAUUUUUUCUCUCUAGCUUUCAUUAGAACGGUUGUUGAAUGGAACUCAUUAUAUUUAAGACUGUUCUGCUUCACAUUUAAUCAGCCAGCUCUUUUACUAGCUCAGCCUUUUAUCAUAGUUAAGCCACAUGUUAUGCUGCAUACUGUUGAUUAAAAUUUUGCAAUUUCAAAGUGCAAGCUUUAAAGUCCUGUAAUGAGAGGCAAGAAGGUUCAUGUGUCUGUUACAUGAGUCUUUUUCCUGCUAAAACAAAGCUCACUUUGUUUUAGCAGGAAAAAACUUAAAAACUUAAUUUGAAGUUUUUAAAUUAUUCAGUGUCAUAGGACAUGGAGGGAAUGGCUCAAGUCACUGUUUUUUCUGUGGAGCUUUGGAGGCAGAGAUGGUAUUCAUAAAUAACUCCUAAUGUAAUGUCUUCUGCUGCCACGGGUUCAGCAGUCUACAAGGAAGAAGUUAUGCUCAUGUCUGUGCAAUUAACAGCUGCCAGAAGACCCUGUGUUCUUCUGCAGACAGAUCCAAGUGCUGCAUAGGAAUUGUGACAGAAGCACAAAUUGAGUUCAAGGAUUGCUUCCAGAGACUUGCCAGAGUGUCCUGAAGGAAGCACAUUUACAUCACAGGCACCUAUGGAGUGCUGUCAUUUGUUUCCAGGACAAAAAUUACUGCUUUUUGGUUUUUUCCCACAACUUUGUUUUUCCUUAUGAAACUGUCUGUCAUCUUGUGAAAUACAAAUCACUGUGAAAGCUUUCAGGCAAUAAAUUACUUUUUGUCUAA